GGAAGUUUGUUGCGACGUGGUGGAUCAUUGUCGUCGUCGAAUUGGGUUUUGUAGUUCUUGUGGCGGCGAGUGAGUGAGUUAGUGCGUGAGUGUGUGAGCGAGUGAGUUCAUUGUAGGUGCGGUCGUUUUAUUAUGGUUUUCCGGUUCUUUCAUGCGAUGGCGGAUACGGGUUUCGAGACUGGUUUUUGUAGGGCGAGGUUUGAACGGUGUUGGUGGUUGGAGGCAGCAUGACACAUGAUUUUUGUGGAGUGGUGGGAGGUUGGAUGGUUUGUGUGAGAGGAUCGGGAUUUGUAUAAAGUGACGGGGAUUUGAGGUCGCUUUGAUGGUUGCGUUGUUGUGGAGCGCGUGUUCGACUUGUGAUUAAUUUCGAUCAAUUGGCAAAAUUAGCUUCUUUUUUUUUCCCUUUUUUUUUUUCUUUUUCAUUUUUGGGUUCUUUUGAAUGUGGUCAAUGCCUUUACUUGUACGCGUCGUUCUCUUCCACGAUUACACCCCUGAUUUACUUAUUUAUGUGUUUAUUGGGAACCGAUUGCUGUUUCUUAGUUGCAUUGCCUGUCAUGAGGGCAGCUACCGCCCUCAAGGUGUUGCAUUGAAUUUGUGUUCACGGUUGAGAGUUAUCACAUGUUCGAAGGCUUUUCGGUGAACUUUGUUUGAAAAGGAGUUUGUUUUUAUUUGAGAUUAAAUAUUCAAUUCUGAAGGGUAGAGCUUGCGAAGCACGGGUUGAUUGUUCUUCCUUUUUGCCUUGCGCUUUGUUGCUUAGGAUUUUUUAGUAACUACAUUCGAGCUACUAUCAACAUGGGAGAGAUAGAUGUGUCGAGGUAGAAGGCCGGGAAAGGAGUCAUGGAGGGUAGACGUUCGAGAAGUAAACCUGCUGCCGAUGUUAGACCUGUUGACACACCUGCGUCACCCCUUUUAACGAAGUCAGCACCCAAAGUGCCAGUCACGCAUGUGCCACCACUUCAACCAAAAUCAUCAGCGAAAGGUGCAGCUGCGCCUGUGGAUACCUCGAAAAUUACUGUAGACGAUAGAUGUGUACCGAAAGUUGGAGGCGAAAACAAAAGGAAGCGGGCGCCACGGGGACCACCUGGGAGAAAUUUGAAAGCUAAGUGCGAGUUAGUUAAUGAGGAUGAAGCAAAAGCUGUUUCCGCACCAACUGCUGAUGAAGAGGUCUUGGUUUCCCAGAGUAGGCUUAGAGAGUCACAAGGGGGAACACAGGUUCUGCGCAAGGUAGAGGAUAAAAGUGGGACCGAGAAUGACGAGUCGGUGACAGACGAGGGUGUGAACUCCAAAGAAAAGGUGGAAAAGAGGAGAGGUAGUUCUAGACUGAGAAUCCGGCCGUCGAAAUUUCGAGAAAGCUUGCCAAUUAGCUCCUCUAAAGUGAAAGGGGAGGAGAAGAGUAACGAAGACAGUGCAAAGUCGAUUGAGGUUGUGCUUCCCGUGAAUGCAGCUAUUCCCUCUACUGCGAAGUCAAAGGAAAACAAUCGCUCAACAGCUGGGUCUUCGGAAGUCAACACUCGGGAACUUAUUGCUAGAAUUUUUUCGAAGAAGAAGGAAAAUAAGUCAACGCCCACAGCAGUUAAAGACAAAGAACUGUCAACGACUGCACCUGUCGUCCCCACAAUCCCAGACACCGUUGGGUUGAAGGCGGUACUGUCGGCAUUGAAGCGAAUCAUGAAGAUGAAGGAAGCAGGUCCUUUCAAUAAGCCAGUGGACCCUGUCAAACUAGGCAUUCCAGACUAUUUUGAAGUGGUGAAACGACCAAUGGACCUUGGCACUAUUCGAGACAGGUUGGAAAAAGGAGAAGUGUAUAAUACAGUUGACGAUGUCUUUGAAGACGUUGCUCUUGUGUGGAGCAAUUGUCGCACGUACAACGAUGAUGGCGAUCCUAUUAUGGAGUUCCUUAAGAAUUUGGAGUCCACUUUCCAAAAACUUUGCCUGGCAGCUGGCUUUUCUUUCCAUGCUGCUACCGCUACCGAAGCCAACUUAGACAAGUCAGUAAAUGAUCAAGUCCAUCAGCAGACAAAUGAUCAAUUCAAAGUCUCAAAAAAGAAAAAGGCGAAGGUUGUCCAGCCUGAUGCGGGAACUGUGUUGAAGACAAAAGUCAAACGCAGUGCCCCGGUUGAUCAAGUGAUGGCAGAAAGCAAGGCCAGAGAGCAAAAGAAUAAGGUUGUAGGAGCGAAUCUUGGUGAUCAAGAUAGAGAUACUAUGAAUGCAGUAGAGAAUUCUGGUGGGGAUGACAAGCAGCUUGGAUCUCUACAAGCCGAACAGGAGCUUGAUAAUGACGAAAAUAAUAAUGUCAAUCGAGAAUCUUUGCAAGGACCAGUGAAAACACCUCCUAUGAAAGAAGAUGGAUCUGCUCCCUCAAAAACUCACCGAAAAUCCACAAGCUCGCGAAUUGCUACUAUUCCACCCAAAGUGAAACGUCCGAAUGGGCACAGUACCCUGACCCACAGGCAAGGAUGUCUUUGUGUUGUGUGCGUUGGUCGACGUAAAAGAGAAGCGAAGCUACGUAAGAGUGGAGGUGCUCUCUCAAAAGCUGCCAAAGCUUCAAAGAAGAAAUCCGGAGGGCCCAACUCCGAUGAUAUUGCAGUAGAGGCAGAAGAGGAUCUCCCCUUCACAGACGAUGCUGAAGAUGCUCUAUAUGGAUAUCUACAAUCUCAUUAUGCUCAGGGGGACAUUCCAGCUAACUACCAACUUCCACUUCGAAAGCUGGAUCCAUACGUUGUGGAAAUGAGCAGAAUUUUGCUAGGCAGCAAACCCGGUUCAAUCUGGAACCGCCCUCGCUCUCUUGGUUACGUAUCAGCUCCCCUCCCAGCAAGAAGUGUGGGUAUUGCAGAUGCAAUUUCACUGUUCUCGAAGUCACACUGAACAUUAUUCAGCAUUGGAGUCGUAGGAUCAUUUCAAUCGAAACCAAUUCGCUUCGCUAGUAUCUGUCAAGUCUCUUACGAUAUUGAGAGUUAUUUGAAUGGCUGAAGCGAUGUUGCUAUAUGUUUCUGAGAAGACGAUGUAGAUUUUAGACACCUUCAUAAUGUUUUUGAGGAGAUAAUGUUUGUGAGAACAUAAUGUCUCUGACUUCUGUAAAUUUUAGACUCCUUUCAUAUUGUGCUUCUGAUCUCUCAUGCGUUAGGUUGAAAUGCAAAGAAGCCACUGUGGAAUUUACAAAAUCAAACAUUCAGUUUAGACUUA